CUCCACAAUAAUUCUUCUCACGCGAUUUUCAAAUUGGGAUUACCCGUAAAUUAGCACGGUGUUUAAACUAAAAGAAAAGACACGCCUAAGUUAAUCAGUAGAAGGUUAGCAAGCCUCGUGAGUGAAUCGCAAUGAUUAAGAAGUGCGUGAUAUUGUUGUUUAUACAAAUUUCGUUACAAUGCUCAACCCCGACAUUCUACAACAACAUAAUACGGGUCAACACAGGAACCGAGAUGUUUAUUAGUGGCUGUAUGUCACCAGAAACCCUCAACUUUGACGGUAACAUUAAAGAAAUCGCGAUAUCCGACGAAAACAUAUUCGAUUUGAACGAGGGAGCUGUGCAGAAUAUUUCGGCCAACGAGUUCGCCAUCUACUUCCACCACACCACCAUCGAAAUCAUACGAAGAGAUGCGUUCUUAAAUCUUCCCGGACUCGUGCGCGUCGACAUGGGCAGAAAUAAAAUUCGCAGGAUCUUCGAGAAUUCGUUCAAGGAUUUGCCGUCGCUGAAGCUGGUGGGUCUGUAUGAUAACGAAAUCGUCGACUUUUGGCCGCGUUCCUUCAACAACCUCCCGAUGUUGGAGGAGGUCGUCUUGUCUGGAAAUUAUUUGGACAGUUUCGACCAAGCUUGGUUCCAUAAGACUCCCAAGCUGCGGAAAAUUUAUUUGGGGGGGAACAUCAUGUGUGACAUUCCAACGUUGGCCUUUGUCAACUUACCGAGUGUUGAGUUUUUGGAUUUUCACGCCAAUCAGAUCGAGUACGUCGACAAAGAUGCGUUUAAGGGUUUAGUCAAUUUGGAAACAUUGCUGUUGAAUGACAACAAUCUUAAAAGUUUGGAAUUCAAUCUGCCAUCACCUUCGAAAUUGACAUUAGUCAAUAUUGACCAUAAUAACCUUACUUAUAUUUCUGAUGAUAUGCUGGAGAGGAUACGACCCACAAUAAAACGAUUUGAGAUGAACGGAAAUCCUUGGACGUGUGCGUGCUAUGAUAAGUUACGUAGCUGGGGACAGAAUGCGACCAUUACGUUUAAGGCGGUUGAAGCCGGAAAAGCAAAUGUAACCUGCAUUAAUCCAAAAACGAACCCGAACGAAUGUAUUCAACGUGGCGACGAUGACUUCGAGCAUGAAUUCUGGACUUCAUUUCUAAAUAAAAAUCUGAUCCGAAAAGAACGGUUGGAAGAGUGUCACGUUUGAGCAAGAAUCAUCGCCAUACUAAUCCUUAGUUUAGAACUACUCCAGUCUUGUUGUUUUCUUCAGAAAUCAAAGACAAAUUAAUAAGUGGGGAGGAUUGUGUAAUGAAAGAAUGCGGCAAUGUAAAUUGUUGAAUAAAAAAUCAUUUUUA